AUGAGUAUUGCUCUCUACUCUUAUAGAGGUGCUUGGCAAGACUGGAGCUCGACCGCGCACUCGAUCGAGCUGGAAGCACAAAUGAGAAAAGACAUGCUUGCACUCAACUCGAAGUUGGACAAACUGAUCCUAGCCCAAUUCCCUGCCAAGCAUGUCAAUUAUGUCUCUGGAAAAGCUCUAGUUAAGGACCAGGAAGGGGAGGAGAACAACAUGAGGUUUGCUAUAUUCAAAAUAGACAAGGAGGCUAUAGGAACCCAAUCCAAGGAUAUCAAAUCAGCUAUGGCCAACAGGGACAUACUAGCUAUCAACAACUUGCAGCAACCAAGUGUACCACCGGGCUUCACCCAAUGCCUCACCAUACCCAACCAAGUCAAGAUUGGGAUAUGA